UAUAAAUUAUAAAAAUCGCUCUCCAUUUUCACGAUGGGAAAUUCAUGUAGCUCAUGUUUAGACUGCUGUGGAAUGCGCAGUCAUGAUGGUCAAUAUGAACCAAUCUUACAAGCGAAUGAGCGAGUUGCCAUCUCUGAACUCCUUCGCUAUCUCGAGAAUCGCGAUCCCAACACUUUCUUUGAGGGGGAAGCCCUUAAUGCAUUGUCCACACUCGCAUUUUCUGCUAAUGUCGAUCUACAAAGAUCAGCCGCUCUUGCUUUUGCAGAAAUCACCGAAAAGGAUGUCCGUACAGUUGGGCGUGAAACACUUCAACCUAUCCUGUCCUUGCUUCAAUCGCAUGAUGUUGAAGUGCAAAGAGCAGCUAGUGCAGCCUUGGGAAAUUUAGCUGUUGACCCCAACAAUAAACUGCUCAUUGUCGAACUUGGUGGACUGGACCAACUUAUAAAUCAGAUGAGAAGCACCAAUGUAGAAGUCCAAUGCAAUGCUGUAGGCUGCAUCACUAAUCUAGCUACUCAUGAUGAUAACAAGGCAAAAAUCGCUAAUUCAGAAGGACUUGGCCUUCUGGUCGACCUUGCACGGUCAAAGGAUCAAAGAGUUCAACGUAAUGCAACAGGUGCUCUUUUAAACAUGACCCACACACAGGAAAACAGACUUCAGUUGGUGAAUGCAAAUGCCAUUCCAGUUUUAGUAGGCCUCCUUAAUUCGUCUGAUCCAGAUGUUCAGUACUAUUGUACAACUGCAUUGAGUAACAUUGCAGUUGAUGCUGAGAAUCGCCAAAGACUAGCAAAAACCGAAUCCUCUCGUCUCGUAGAAUAUUUAAUUGCAUCAAUGGACACAAAAAGUCUCAAGGUCCAAUGCCAAGCUGCUCUUGCAUUAAGAAAUCUAGCAUCAGAUGAAAUUUACCAACUAGAGAUUGUUCGAUGUCAUGGUCUUCCCCAUCUUCUUCGACUCCUUACUUCUGCCUUCCUUCCUCUGAUCUUAUCCUCAGUUGCAUGUGUGAGGAAUAUUUCCAUUCAUCCAGCCAAUGAAUCGCCUAUCAUUGAUGGUGGAUUCGUUCUCCCUUUGAUAGAGUUAUUAUCCUACGAAGAUAAUGAGGAAAUACAGUGCCAUGCCAUCUCCACUCUUCGUAAUUUAGCUGCAAGCUCUGAACGCAACAAACGAGCGAUUGUAGACGCAGGGGCUGUGAAUAGCAUCAAGCGGCUGAUAGGAAAAGCACCUGAAAGUGUUCAAACCGAAAUGACUGCAGCCAUUGCAGUAUUGGCACUUAGCGAGGAACUUAAGCAAAGACUUGUUCACAUGGAUAUAUUAAAGGUACUGAUACCAUUGACAGCAAGCACCAACAUGGAGGUACAGGGCAACUCUGCUGCUGCUAUUGGAAACCUCAGUGCGAAAGUACAAGAUUAUACACCGUUUGUGAGUGCGUGGGAGUCCCCUUCUGGAGGACUUCACCAGUUUCUGAGAGUAUUCUUGGAUGAGCGCCAAGAGAUUACCUUUCAGCACAUUGGUGUAUGGACAAUUGAACAGUUCAUGACUGGUGGAGACAAGAGGCUUAUGGCAUGUAUCGUUCGGUCUAAGGAUAUUGUGGAUGCUGUUCUUCGUAUUUCUAAUGCAAGCGACGAGUUCCAACUACAGGCAGCAAUUAUUAAUGAACAAGGCGAGGGAAAUAUAGAUGAUUUUGACGGAGACAUUGUCAAAUUAGCUAAGAAGGUAGCCCUUUUGUUUGAAGAUGUAGAAGAGUACCAGCUCGAAAAAUAAAGUGUGAAAACCUGAUCAUAAUUAAAAGUACAGCAAGUACAU